GCCCGGAACCCGUGUGGGGAUAUGUAGGAACUGAGACCCCAUUAACUUCCCCACCUCAAUCCUCCAUUUGAGCACCUCCACAAACUCUCCAGCUCUCCCUCUAUCCACCACUUCCAUAGCCUCAAUCAGCCACCCACGAUGUUGGCCAGAACUGUUCUUCGACAGCGUACCGCUUCGGUCCGCUCUAAGGCUGCCUUCUCAACCUCUCGCGUACGUCGUGCUGGCACUCUGCCAGCGGCCCAUGACAAGCUCCUACGUGACCACCUUACCACCGCCGACCCAGAAGUCUCCAAGAUCCUCGAAGCCGAGAAAAAACGUCAGGUGGAAUGCAUCAACCUCAUUGCAUCUGAGAACUUCACAUCACAAUCUGUCCUCGAUGCUCUGGGCUCGCCGAUGCAGAACAAGUACUCGGAAGGCUACCCCGGCGCACGAUACUACGGCGGUAACCAGCAGAUCGAUGCUGUCGAGACUCUUUGUCAGAAGCGCGCCCUCGAGGCUUUCGAUUUGAAUCCGGCGGAAUGGGGAGUCAACGUCCAGCCUCUUUCCGGAUCUCCGGCGAACCUAUAUGCGUACUCGGCGGUGUGCGGACCCCACGACCGGAUCAUGGGACUCGAUCUCCCGCAUGGUGGCCAUCUCUCGCACGGUUACCAGACACCCACCAAGAAGAUUAGUAUGAUCUCGAAGUACUACGAAACCUUGCCAUACCGCCUGGACAUCGAAACGGGAUUGAUCGACUACGACAACUUGGCCAUGCUCGCCGACCUGUACCGCCCUAAAGUUAUCGUUGCCGGCGCAACGGCGUACUCUCGCUUCAUCGACUACUCCCUCAUGAAGUCAAUUGCCAAGAAGACCGGCGCCUACCUGAUGGCGGAUAUCGCACAUCUCUCCGGUAUGAUCGCCGCGGGCGUUAUUCCAUCCCCCUUCAAAGACGCCGACAUCGUCACGACAACGACCCAUAAAUCGUUGCGUGGUCCCAGAGGAGCCAUGAUCUUCUUCCGUAAAGGAGUCCGCAGCGUGAAAAAGAACGGCGAAGAAGUCCCGUACGAUCUCGAGGGCCCCAUCAAUGCCUCCGUUUUCCCCGGCCACCAGGGUGGUCCCCACAACCACACCAUCACUGCUCUCGCUGUGGCCCUCGGUCAGGCAAAGACAGCCGAGUUUAAAGAGUAUCAGUCGCAGGUCCUCAAGAACGCCAAGGCCCUUGUCAACAAGCUCCGAACCAUGGAGGGUUACGACAUUGUUUCCGGCGGCACAGACAACCAUCUCGUCCUGCUCGAUCUCCGACCCAAGAAGAUCGACGGAGCACGCGUAGAGCGCAUUCUGGAGCUGGCCAACAUCGUCACCAACAAGAACACUGUGCCCGGCGACAAGAGCGCUCUCAAGCCCAGUGGAUUGCGACUGGGAAGUCCCGCCAUGACGACGCGGGGUCUGGACGAGGAGGAUUUUGCACAGGUUGCGGAGUUCCUCGGCCGCGGUGUGGAGAUCGCCCGCUCGCUAGAUUCGAAGUUUGGUCCCAAGCAGACGUUGAAGGAUUACCUCAAGAAGCUCGGCGAUGGGACUGACUACCCCGAGAUUGAGGAGUUAAGGAAGGAGGUUGCUGAGUGGACCCGAAAGUUCCCCGUGCCAUGGCAGCAGUAAGUGUAAGGGGUUGAUUGAGAGCGGGGAGUUUUGCUUGCUUAUGUAUAUACCGUUCGUUUUUGCUUGACAUAGCCGAAGACAUUUGCUUGAUCAUGGUGGAUAAGUUGAGUCAUAUAUGCUACAUCAGGAG